AUGUGUGCAGGCAACUCUGACAAGAAGUUUGAAAGAGAAGACAAGAUCCUCGAGGGUGUCCAGAGUCCCCAGAUUCAGAGCAGCAGCAGCAGCAAGGGCUGGCUCCUCACCAGGAAAAUAGUCUUCCCGCAGGUUCCUAUAGCUGCUGGGCUCCCUCCCACCAGGCGGGCACUCCUGACCUCUCUCCUCUCUGCACGCAGGGUGCAGCACUGGGCACGGCGCCUGGAGCAGGAGAUCGACGGCGUGAUGAGGAUCUUCGGGGGCGUGCAGCAGCUCCGGGAGAUCUACAAGGACAACCGGAAUCUGUUUGAGGUGCAGGAAAACGAGCCUCAGAAGCUGGUGGAGAAGGUGGCCGGGGAUAUCGAGAGCCUGCUAGACAGGAAGGUGCAGGCCCUGAAGAGACUGGCUGAUGCUGCAGAGACCUUCCAGAAGGCCCACCGCUGGCAGGACAACAUCAAGGUAAGACCUACAGUGCCCUCCUCAGCCCUGAGCACCUGCCCACCCCUGGCAAGAGUGGAUGUGAGUGGGGGCAGGCUGCCCAGGCCCACUGAAGAGGACCUCCCUAAGCAGCAGCCCAUCUUCCAGGAGCCCUCGGGCUGGGAUCAGGGACCAGCCUCCCUUCCACUGGUGGAGCUGGGACAGAGCUCAGACACCAAGGGAUGCCCCCACCACCUAGACCCCGGCCCUCCCCUGCCUGCAGGCCUCUCUGUCCCCACUCCAGCAUUGCCAGCCCUGACGCUGCCAUGGGGGGGUCCCUUUCUGCAGGACGACCCUGAGGUUGAGGGUGUGGAAAGGGGGUCCAAGGUCAGCACUCUGAAGCUGGACUUCGUUGAGGACCCCAACUUCAAGAACAAGGUCAACUACUCGCACACAGCAGUGCAGAUCCCCACGGAUAUCUACAAAGGCUCCACCGUCAUCCUCAAUGAGCUCAACUGGACAGAGGCCCUGGAGAACGUGUUCACCGAGAACCGCAGGCAGGACCCCACGCUGCUCUGGCAGGUCUUCGGCAGCGCCACAGGCGUCACUCGCUACUACCCAGCCACCCCAUGGCGAGCCCCCAAGAAAAUCGACCUGUACGAUGUCCGAAGGAGACCCUGGUAUAUCCAGGGAGCCUCAUCGCCCAAGGAUAUGGUCAUCAUUGUGGAUGUGAGUGGCAGCGUGAGUGGCCUGACCCUGAAGCUGAUGAAGACGUCCGUCUGCGAGAUGCUGGACACGCUCUCUGACGACGACUAUGUGAACGUGGCCUCGUUCAACGAGAAGGCACAGCCUGUGUCGUGCUUCACGCACCUGGUGCAGGCCAACGUGCGGAACAAGAAGGUGUUCAAGGAUGCGGUGCAGGGCAUGGUGGCCAAGGGCACCACGGGCUACAAGGCCGGCUUUGAGUAUGCCUUUGACCAGCUACAGAACUCCAACAUCACCCGUGCCAACUGCAACAAGGUGAUCAUGAUGUUCACGGAUGGGGGCGAGGACCGCGUGCAGGACGUCUUCGAGAAGUACAACUGGCCCAACCGCACGGUGCGAGUGUUCACCUUCUCCGUGGGGCAGCACAACUAUGAUGUCACACCCCUGCAGUGGAUGGCCUGCGCCAACAAAGGUUACUAUUUUGAGAUCCCUUCCAUCGGAGCCAUCCGCAUCAACACGCAGGAAUAUCUGGACGUCUUGGGCAGGCCCAUGGUCCUGGCGGGCAAGGAGGCCAAGCAGGUGCAAUGGACCAACGUGUAUGAGGAUGCGCUGGGGCUGGGGCUGGUGGUGACAGGGACCCUCCCAGUAUUCAACCUGACGCAGGAUGGCCCUGGGGAAAAAAAGAACCAGCUGAUCCUGGGCGUGAUGGGUAUCGACGUGGCUCUGAAUGACAUCAAAAGGCUGACUCCCAACUACACGCUUGGAGCCAACGGCUACGUCUUUGCCAUUGACUUGAACGGCUAUGUGCUGCUGCACCCCAACCUCAAGCCCCAGACCACCAACUUCCGGGAGCCUGUGACCCUGGACUUCCUGGACGCCGAGCUGGAAGACGGAAACAAGGAGGAGAUCCGUCGGAGCAUGAUCGAUGGCAACAGGGGCCACAAGCAGAUCAGAACGUUGGUCAAGUCCCUGGACGAGAGGUACAUAGAUGAGGUGAUGCGGAACUACACCUGGGUGCCCAUAAGGAGCACCAACUACAGCCUGGGGCUCGUGCUGCCCCCCUACAGCACCUUCUACCUCCAAGCCAACCUCAGCGACCAGAUCCUGCAGGUCAAGUUGCCAAUCAGCAAACUGAAGGAUUUUGAGUUCCUGCUCCCCAGCAGCUUUGAGUCUGAAGGACAUGUUUUCAUUGCUCCCAGAGAGUAUUGCAAGGACCUGAAUGCCUCAGACAACAACACCGAGUUCCUGAAAAACUUCAUUGAGCUCAUGGAGAAAGUGACUCCGGACUCCAAGCAGUGCAACAACUUCCUUCUGCACAACCUGAUCUUGGACACAGGCAUCACACAACAGCUGGUGGAGCGUGUGUGGCGGGACCAGGAUCUCAACACGUAUAGCCUUCUGGCUGUGUUUGCUGCCACUGACGGCGGCAUCACUCGAGUAUUCCCCAACAAGGCAGCUGAGGACUGGACGGAGAACCCUGAGCCCUUCAAUGCCAGUUUCUACCGCCGCAGCCUGGAUAGCCGUGGCUAUGUCUUCAAGCCCCCACAGCAGGACGCCCUGUUAAGGCCUCUGGAGCUGGAGAACGACACGGUGGGCAUCCUUGUCAGCACAGCUGUGGAGUUCAGCCUGGGUGGACGCACCCUGAGGCCAGCAGUGGUGGGUGUUAAGCUGGAUCUAGAGGCCUGGGCUGAGAAGUUCAAGGUGCUAGCCAGCAAUCGUACCCACCAGGACCAGCCUCAGAAGCAGUGCGGCCCCAGCACCCACUGUGAGAUGGACUGCGAGGUAAACAAUGAGGACCUGCUCUGUGUCCUCAUUGAUGACGGGGGAUUCCUGGUGCUGUCAAACCAGAACCAUCAGUGGGACCAGGUGGGCAGGUUCUUCAGUGAGGUGGAUGCCAACCUGAUGCUGGCGCUCUACAAUAACUCCUUCUACACCCGCAAGGAGUCCUUCGACUAUCAGGCAGCCUGUGCCCCACAACCCCCAGGCAACCUGGGUGCUGCACCCCGGGGUGUCUUUGUGCCCACCAUUGCAGACUUCCUUAACCUGGCCUGGUGGACCUCAGCUGCCGCCUGGUCCUUGUUCCAGCAGCUCCUCUAUGGCCUCAUCUACCACAGCUGGUUCCAGGCAGAUCCCGCGGAGGCCGAGGGCAGCCCCGAGGCGCGCGAGAGCAGCUGCGUCGUGAAGCAGACCCAGUACUACUUCGGGGCGGUGAACGCCUCCUACAACGCCAUCAUCGACUGCGGCAACUGCUCCAGCCGCCAGUGUCCCCCUAAAUGCCCCUCAUACCCCCAGGUGCUCAUUGUAACCAUUUAUCACUAG